GCUGAAAGCGCCGCAUUCCGCCUCAUUAGUAUGCACGUGACGUAAGCGGUUUGUCGUGGGCUGCAACUAAAAUAUUGCAAAGCGAAUGUAACGGCACUUUUCCCCCUCUAUCGUAGCUUAUGACUUCAUAUAUAGGCUACUCUGCACGUUACGUAGGCGGUCUGUCGUGAGCUACCACGAAAAUAUUGCACAGCGAAUGCAACGGCACUUUUCCCCAUCUAUCGCAGUUUGUGACGUUAAGCAGACGCACGCGUUACCUAUAAGCAGACGCACGGUUACUCAUUACAGAAACCGAGAUGAUUGUGCAAGAGUACCGAGUGUUUUUCCGCGUUAUAAUGCAUCGCGUGAAAACCAACUCUUGGGCAAGCAAACAAACUCGAUUCGCGUGAAAGGAAAGGCUCCGGGGUUCCUGCUCUCUGCAAAGUGCCUCGCAGUCUGGUGCUCUCUCCUAACCACAAUUUAAGAAGACGCUUGGCACAUUAGGGAACGUCAGACCUCGUCAAGUCAACGAGCUUCGAGAUUUCGCUAAGACUUCGUCGCCUAAAGGUGCCCACUAUGACGAUCAACGUACCCAAGCAGCUGCAAAGCAUAACAUCGACAAUGGUAGACGAGAGGAAAGAUGACUCCCAGGUGGCGGGAUUCUAUCAAGAUCGAGUUGUGUUCAUCACCGGUGGAACGGGCUUCAUUGGAAAGGUUCUGCUGGAGAAGCUGCUGCGAUCUUGUCCUGGCCUGAAGCGGGUCUACCUUCUCGUGCGCAGCAAGCGCGGGAAAAAUCCACAGGCGAGGCUCGAGAAGUUGUUCGACUCUCAGAUGUUCGCACGCCUCAAGCAAGAGCAGCCAGAUGCUUUUGAAAAAGUGACAGCGCUGGAAGGAGACCUGAGUGAGCCAAACUUGGGACUCAGUGUGCUUGAUGAGGCCGCCUUGGUGGAUAGUGUCUCCGUCGUCUUUCACUCAGGUGCCACGGUCAAGUUCGAUGAACCUCUCAGGGAAGCGGCUGAGCUCAACAUUAUGGGUACAAGGCGUGUUCUGGAACUCUGCAAACAAAUGCCAAAUCUUUGUGCUCUCGUGCAUGUAUCAACGGCAUAUUGCAACUGUGAUAAGCAAGACGUGCUUGAGGUCAUAUAUCCACCGCCUUUAGGAGUCGAAAAACUUAUUCAAGCAACUCAGUCAAACGGGAAAGGUUCCGUGGACAUGACGGAAGAGUGUUUGUAUGGGCAUCCAAACACAUACACCCUGACCAAGAGUGUCGUCGAAUCUCUGCUGCUGGAAGAACGAGGUGACAUUCCCGUUGCUAUUGUGCGGCCUUCCAUCGUCACUGCCUCGAUAAAGGAGCCACUUCCGGGUUGGGUAGACAAUUAUAACGGCUGCACCGGACUUCUUGUCGCGAUAGGGUUGGGACUGCUGCAAUCAUUGUUGAUGGAGAAGAAGUGCGUAGCUGACGUCAUUCCGGUAGACGUCGUGGCCAAUAUGCUAAUAUGCGCUGCUUGGCACACUGCCGCGAAGAGACCGAAGCACAUCGAGGUGUACCACUGCACGAGCGGCGCCCUGAAGCGACACACGUGGGCAGAUCUGACUGAUUUAGCGCAGCGAAUUAUUCUGCGACACCCACUGCCAAAUGCGAUCCGUUUUCCCAAGUUCCAAGGGACCAACAGCCAACUGUUGCACAGCAUCAAUCUCUGGUGCCUGCAUUACCUGCCAGCGUGCGUCGUAGACCUGGUCUUGCAGCUGCACGGACAGAAGCCGAGGUUCGUCCGCCACUACCAGAAUCUUCGCAAAGCCAUGGAUUCUUUGCAGUACUUCACAACUCACGGCUGGCUGUUCAGGUCCAACAAUGCAGUGGCACUUGCACAAGAGCUGUCUGCCACGGAUGCGCAGGCAAGUCAAUAGGCAAGCUGAA